UUUUUACUCACGGUACAUUUUCGAAACAUAUUAUGCACUUGCGAUUUCUCCCUAGUUUGGCAGACUCUUUUAGCCGAUUAAUCAUGCUCUUCCUCGACACGGGUCUCCUGCCUUAUAGCCCAAUUGAGUCAUUGUUAAACCCUUUGUUGUCUAUAUGGAAUUGGCUGUCCCUUAAAAAUACCUCCACGAGCUUGCACGAUGAAGCGGCAGGGUAUGCAAUCGACGAAGCAGCGUCAAAAGAACCUAUUACGGGACUGAGCUGUCAUCAUAUCGAUAUGGAAUCCUCAAGCACUACGCUUUAGAGUUAUAAUCUGAGCUACCCUUGGGAGAUGCCUCAAUCUGAUAUUCUCUAUUUCAUGGAAGCCAAUGAUAUAUUGGUAUUAACAGGCAGUUGGGAGACGAAUUGAAAAGAUAAACGCGCUUUCUCCAAUACUCUUUAU